GACGUGCGGUUCGCACAAGACUAUUUCCUUAUACGUACUGCUUUUAAUGUCUUUUUUAUCUUUACCUCAAUUGUACCAGACCAGAUGAGGUUGUUGUUGUUGUUGCAGAAGUUGCGGGACGUUGAUAAAUGUGACAUUGAAUUCUACAACGGAUCCUAGCGUAGGGCUGUCGCAGGUACCAUGCCGUCGUUAGCGUGUCCGCCGGUCGGGGUUUAUUGCGCCUGGUUUUUUAUUCAUCCAACCCGCAUUCAUUGCAAUCGCACGAGCUUUGACCCAAGCCACCAAGCACAAACCAGCUGCUAUUGUAGGUCUAGUUUUCGCCACAACAGGUCGCUGGUCGUUCCAUUGCCGACCCCCAACGCAUACGUCAUCAGCAUAAGUUAGUUUGCUGGCCAGCCCUUGUUGCCUUGUCGUACUUGGGAUGCAAUCGAACUUUAUGACGAGGCCUCCCAUAUUGGUAAUAAUACAAAGUUCAUUAUCGCACCCUCGAUUUUAACUUCAGCGUUAGCUAUAGCUCCUGAUACUUUCUUCGCGCCCUACCCGACUAAAUACCCGACCGCAUACUACUACGGAACUACCAAAGAAAAAAAAAACUCCCGACUAAACGAAACCUACCCCUCCACUCAACCCAGAAUGGACAACCGUCCUCAAUUUCCCCUUCCCAUUCUACGCCACCCCUUCCCCGCUCGGGGUCCUCCUCCCGUCAUCCCCACAGACGACACCGACGCCACCCCCGAAGCGAGCCAGCCAACCGCCAACAGCACCGACGAUCCAGUAACGGAGUCAGACGAUAUGGGCAGCUCCACCUCCCGACCGGCACACUUCCAGCCCAGCGCGCUCGACGUGCUGGUCACCAAGGCCAUGUUGGCCAAGGGCGUGAAGCUCCCGAUAGAGGUGGUCGAUCUGGUGGUGGAUUUUGCAGAGUACUGGCCGCACACGAGGACGCACGUCGAGCGGCCGAGUCGGCCAAACAGGUUCGGCACCCGCCCGGACGAGAACAACUUCUUGCUCCGCACGCCGCCGGUCGGCUUUCUGGGGGUGCCCCACUCGGAUCCGGAGAGGUACACCAGGGAGCCAGUCAAGAUGCUGCGGCUUUCGGACGAACACCCGGUCGAGCAAUUUCAAAAGUGGAUCGGGUCACCCGUUCCGCUGGUGCAACAUCCGUGCAGGAAGGUGGUCUUCACCAUCAAGAGCAGAGAUCAGGGUUGGGGUGGAGAUUCGCGAGAUCAUGGCACGUAUCAUGGAUCCUGGACUUGGUUUGAGGCUGGGCUGGAGAGGGUAGAUGCAAGUGGUGACUGCGGUGACCAUUGCCCAGAUACAACCGACCAGCCAGCACAAGACCAGACGCAAGCCCAAGGUUCCGGAUCAUCUUCGAGGCCACGACCUGAAAUAUCCCUAUGCGCUUUACGAUCGAUCAGGCCUGAGGUUAACUGCGACGGAGAACGCACCCAUUUCGACUUUCCCCUCAAUCCAGCCGAUGACAAGGUGCAAUGCAACAUGACGGCACACAACGAAUACAUCACACACGUCGUCGAGUGGCGUGCCACGGACAAUAUCGACCCCAAGUCCGCAGAGGCUGAUGAGCUUGAGAAGAUGGGCCGCGGCAGAGCAUCCGGCACUGGAGAGUUUGUGAGGAAUCUCAAGCUAGGAGACACCGUGACCCUGUGGGCAAAAACAAGGUUUCAAGGUUGGGCGAACAAUGUCGAAAGCGCGACAGUGGAUGUCUACUGGGCAAUUUGAGAUGCCGGUCAUUUCCAGUAUUGGGCUGCCUCGUCGAGUCGGGUUGGCCACGGAAAGGUUACAGAUUGAAGAAACCAGGUUGACAUAAGUAUUGCUGUUGCAUUACUACUUGUACUUUAAGCUGCGGUAGGGCAAUUUAAGCUACAACUCCACCCCAGGCUUGCUGCUCGUUCCUCCUUGGUACCAGUACAGUACACCUAGGUACUACCGCGACCAUUUUUCACUUCCAAGCUGCUCGACAGAUCGCGAUCGAGCACAUCUCAAGCUGUAAUGUGGAGAACAUUGGGCCUUUUGACGGCUUUUCGUCCGACACAGAGCCCCAGAAAUGACGUUCAUCCUUGGCGAUGAAUAACAAGUCAAUGACGUCAAACUAUAAUCAGAGACCCAUCGACUUGUAUAAAAGAAGAAGACGUCGAGAUGUCUGCU